AUGCUGCUGAAAAGACACCGGGAAAAGCCAUCAAGUGGCUGGUGCAGUCGAUAUGGACGCUCUUGCACAGAUUGUGUUCAGUUUACCAGGUCUUCCCAGAGAAAUCUGAACGCUGCCAUGGAGAAGUUGAACCAGGUGCUAGAUGUUAUGCAAUAUGCAGAGAAAGAGCUUACAAAGUUGAGCCUCAUUGCAUAUUAUGCAUCGAUGCUCUACCAUGGUUCUAUCCAGCGCCCCCCCUUUUCGCUCCCAGGAAAUACGCGCUUAAAGAUGUCAUCGACUUUUUUCUUAGGAGCAUUGGAUACUAGCUAUGGCACCAUCUCAUGGCUCGUUAUGACAACAUCCAUCAUGGGCGAGGAGAAGGGAUUUAUAAAAUUCCUCUUCUCCUCCUAUAUCAAGAUGACGCGCGCCCGUGACAUCGACGAGAUCUUCAAUGUAGAGGCUCUUGAGGGUAUCAACUUGUCCAUAAGUGCCCCAUUCCGCAAACUCUCCAAUCGUCUCUUCAACAGGAAGAAGAAGAAUAAAAAUAGAGAGGAGCGGGCCUAUGAUGAGACACCGGGAGAGGAAGCAGCUGGGGAGUCUACUCCUGACAAGUCCAUGAAGGCUGCCUCUGAUGAAGAAGAGAAUGAUUCUCUCCCUACUCUCAAGAAGCUUGCUCCUCCAGUUGAUAGUGUACACCCGCUCAGGGUCAUCGAAGGACUGGACGGGCCUAUUUUGCCGCACAAGGGCCCCGCAGGAUAUCGCCCUGGCGUCCACCGGGCGGUAACUAGGGUCAUAAUCGAGGCCCAUCAGCGUCCCGAUCCAGGACCGUCCUACCCGACGCUUCCUGGCUCCAACCUCCCAUUUCCUCGCCUUCCGCGCCCACCUGUGACUGCUACCUCUGCCCGAGCUGCUGCGGUUGCCCCAAUAUCAGCCACUUCGGCUGGUUCUACCCCAUCUCCUCCGUCUUCGCCCGAGGCCCCCCCGGCCAUAAAAGUUGUAUCCGAACACCCACCUGUUCUCGACCUUACUCUUCCAGGCUCGGCCUUUAGCAAGCAGGACCUCUCUGAUAUUUUCAGGGCCUUGGAUUAA